CGAGGAAAGAAACAGUCCGCCAUUGCACUUGUUGUCUCCCUGAGAAGAAGAAAAUGAGCAGUGGUAAGAUCGUCUGCGUCACCGGCGCCUCCGGUUACAUUGCGUCAUGGCUCGUCAAGCUCCUCCUCCUCCGCGGUUACACCGUCAAGGCUUCUGUUCGUGAUCCAAAUAACCCCAAGAAAACGCAGCACUUGCUUGCUCUUGAAGGAGCUGAGGAGAGGCUUCAGCUGUUUAAAGCAGACCUCUUGGAAGAAGGUUCCUUUGAUUCUGUUGUGGAUGGGUGUGAAGCUGUUUUUCACACUGCCUCUCCAUUUUAUUAUGAUGUCACUGACCCUCAGAUUGAAUUGAUUGAUCCUGCCGUGAAGGGAACACUGAAUGUUCUCAACUCAUGUACAAAAUCCCCUUCUGUCAAACGAGUGGUCUUAACAUCUUCUAUAGCUGCAGUUGCAUAUAAUGGAAAACCUCGAACUCCUGAUGUGGUGGUUGAUGAGACUUGGUUUUCAAAUACAGAUUUUUGUAGGGAAUCAAAGCUGUGGUAUGUGCUAUCAAAAACCUUGGCUGAGGAAUCUGCUUGGAACUUUGCAAAAGAGAAUGGUAUUGACAUGGUUUCUAUAAACCCGGCAAUGGUCAUUGGUCCUCUUUUGCAACCAACACUUAAUACAAGUGCUGCAGCAGUUUUGAGCUUAAUCAAAGGUGCGCAUACUUUUCCAAAUGCAUCGUUUGGAUGGAUUAAUGUUAAAGAUGUUGCAAAUGCACAUAUUCAAGCAUUUGAAAUUCCAUCUGCAAGUGGAAGAUAUUGUUUGGUUGAGAGAGUUGCUCACUAUUCAGAAGUUGCUAAGAUUUUACAUGACCUCUAUCCUAGUUUCAAGCUUCCAGAAAAAUGUGCAGACGACAAGCCUUAUGUACCAACAUUUCAAGUGUCCAAGGAGAAGGCAAGCAGUUUGGGGAUUGAGUUCAUCCCCUUGGAGGUGAGCCUAGCGGAAACAGUUGAAAGCCUGAAGGAGAAGGAAUUCAUUGAUUUCUGAGUCAUCUUAGCUCCUUGCAGAUCCUAAAAUGAAUAAAUGUUGAAUAAAAGGUUGUGUUCCUGGAGGUUUCUUUGUUUGCUGUUAUUGACUUUGAAGUUUUAUAGCUCUUUUAUGUAUCCUUCCACAGAAGAAUGGAAUUUUAGUUCCUUGUUGGCUUCACUGGGGAUCAUCAAAUUU